AUGACAAUAUCUACUUUCGAUCACGUGUUGCGGAGCGACUUAGACGGAUUGCGCGUCAUCUCGCCUUCCCAAAUUUUCUCCUUCUGCAGCUCGAAUCCAAAACACCAUAUCUGUAGUACGGACUACAGGAGAAAGAUGUUUAACUCUGUUAAUCUGGGCAACUUCUGCUCCCAGACGCGUAAAGACCGGACAUCCGAGUUUGGGGACAGGACGGGCUGUGCUUCCAACAUCUACCUCCCCAGCUGCACCUACUACGUUCCCGAAUUUUCCUCGGUCUCUUCGUUCCUUCCACAGGGGCCCUCGCGACAAAUCACAUACCCUUAUUCCACAAAUCUGUCUCAAGUGCAACCAGUGCGAGACGUUUCCUAUGGUCUGGACCCAUCUAGCAAGUGGCACCACAGAACCAACUAUGCAUCGUGCUAUUCAGGAGAAGAUCUGGUGCACAGAGACUGUCUUCCGCCAUCCACCAUGACAGAAAUGUUCAUGAAAAACGAGAGUGUGUACAGCCACCACCACCACCACCACCAGCAUCAUCCGAACUCUAGCCACCCGUCCACUGGUUUCUACACCGGCGUAGGAAAAAACAACGUGCUCCCUCAAGGUUUUGACCGCUUUUUUGAAACCGCCUAUUGUAGCACGGACAAUCAGUCAGAACAUUGUUUACAAAAGAGCGAGAUGAACAAAUUACAGACUUCGUCCCAGCAACCCACAGCUGUUUCCGCAGCGCAGGAGCCGGAAAAGGACCCAGAGGAUGAAGAGGAACAUACAAAUUCGGGCUCGUGCACUUCAACAGCUACUAAGGACGGGAAUGCAAGCAAGAGUAGCAAUUCGAGUACCCCGCGCACAAGGAAGAAGAGAUGUCCAUACACCAAGUUUCAGAUUCGUGAACUGGAGCGAGAAUUUUUCUUUAACGUUUACAUCAACAAGGAGAAAAGGCUGCAGCUGUCCAGAAUGUUAAACCUUACCGACAGACAAGUCAAAAUAUGGUUUCAAAAUCGUAGAAUGAAAGAAAAGAAAUUAAGCAGAGAUCGCCUGCAAUAUUUCUCUGGGAAUCCGUUGUUGUAAUUGUUGAAAUGGGGUUGCCUUUUAUUUAAUAUCUCUGCAAAGUAAAAUUAUGUAUGUUUAAAUAUGCCCCAUCAGUCUCAUUAAAUAUAAAAUGUUUUUGUUAAGGCCAACAACAGUAGGCCUACUAAAAACUUGUUUGAAGGAUAACAGAAUUAUAAUGUCUGAGAGUGUGGACAGAAAUGGAAAUUAACUUAAUGUCAAAUUAUACCGGCAUUUCUAGUUUGUGAUUCACAAACUAAAACGUACACAUCACAACGUUUUUUUUUUUUUUUUUAUGUAUGUGACACGUCUUUUAAGUGAAAUGUUUAAAAUCUUUACUUUGAAAAUGAUCACGAAAAAGCCUACUAUAAUAUAUUAUUAAAAGUAUACCCUCUAUCAUUUUAUGGUUGUAUAUAUGUACAUUAAAACACACACUCGACUCUGUUUCGAAUCUGGAGAUGUCAUACUUUUUUAUGUUUUCACCAUUUAGAACUGACUUGUAUAAUCUGUAAUAUUGUAUUCCUUGUACAGAGCUUAUGCAUUGUGCAUUCGUGAAUGUAAAUAUAAUGUUAUCACCAUAUCCUGCUGCUAUUUUUCUUUACAUUGCAUUUGCAGCCUUGUGAGCUUUGUUAUUCGAUUCUUUAAUUUAUUUGCUGUACGUCCAAAGUUCUCAUUUAUCUCGGAGGAAUAGUUCAGCUAUCUUAUUCGGCCUGUGUACUACAUAUUAAUAAAAAUAAACACGAAUAAAGGUAAA